UUGAUGGUCCUCUUGCCAGAGUCAGAGGUGGGAAUCCUCACUGCCAUGUCCUACGAUCGUUAUGUUGCCAUCUGUCACCCUCUGCACUAUGGGGCUGUCAUGAGCAAAAGGUUCUGUGUCUUGUUGAUGGCUGUGUCCUGGCUCAGUGGAGGGGCCCUGGGCAUCUUGUUCUCAGCUGCAAUGCUCUCCCUGGAGUUCUGUGGCUCCAACAGGAUUCACCAGUUUUUCUGUGAUGUCCCUGCCAUUCUAGAGGUCAGUUGUCCCGAGGAGCAUGCUGCUAUUAAUGUCAGUGUGGCUCUUGGUGUCCUCUAUUCAUUGUCUUGUUUGGUCUCCAUCUUGGUCUCCUAUGUGUUUAUUUUCUCUUCUGUGUUGAAGAUGCCAUCUAGGGAGAGCCGGUCCAAAGCCUUCUCCACCUGCGUGCCCCAUCUGAUGGUUGUGGGCAGCUUUUUCCUAACAGGUAUUGCUGAUUAUGUAAAGCCGACUUCCAAUGAACCUGCUCUUAUAGACUUGUUGUUUUCUAUUAUCUAUUCUGUGACACCACCUUUCUUUAAUCCCAUUAUCUACUGUCUGAGGAACAGGGACAUUCAAUCAGCUCUGAAUAAAUUCCUGAGAAAGGUGAAAUGA